AUCCCUGAAUGGAGCUCAGGGUCUCCCCCCCCUCAACUGUAUAAAUGUGGAGGCAGCUGGAGUCCAAGUCAUCACAGCAGAGAGAACAGGUUGAGCCAGCUCAACUCAGAUUAGCAUCGACUGCUACACAGUGAAGGGAACACACACACACUUCAGGAUGGCUGCUCUUCGUCUCGCUCUGUCUGUGGUUGUGCUGAUGCUGGCUGCCAUCACUCUGAGUGAAGGUGUGCGUGGUGUCGGCCCAAAGAGAUGCUGCUUUCGUUUCAAUGAGAACGAGGUGCCUAGAGACAGAGUGGCUGGCUACAUCCGGACCAGCCAGCGGUGCUCCAACCCUGCCAUCUUGUUGAAGACAGUGGCCGGUCGUCAGCUGUGUGUCAGACCUUCAGCCACUUGGGUGAAGCAGCUCAUCAGCUACCUGGACACCAAAUCCAUCCCAGGAGAGACGUCCAACCUGUAACCAGGGCAACGUGGCCAGUUUAUCUCCAAUUUCAGCUAUCUAUCUAUAUGCAACAUAUAUACCUAAUACAGUAUAUGCUAAAUAUGUUUGUGUUUUGUAACAUACUCAUGGAUAGAAUUUGGUAAGAGCCAUUUCUAUACAUACCAUUUUCUACAUUUCUGAUUUCAAUGUUUAAUUUAAGUAUAUGGAACAAUAUGUAUGUGCUCGCUUAAUACAACACUCAAAGUCCGACCGUCAACACUGUGAACUACUGUUGCAAUGUAGUUUAAAUUGACUUACAGAAACUACUGCUACUUUCAUACUCUGUCAAAGAGCCAUGCCUCCCAACUCCACUUGUUGUCAUAAGUAUAGUAUAAGCUACGGGUUACCCCACUAUUUAUGAACCAUUCUGAGCUUGUUGUCUAUUUUUUCUAUAAAGUAAAGCGAUGAUCAUUUACAGUCUGUUUUGAAUUCAGAUAUGCAAUUUGACAACAAAUAAUUGAUUUGAAUAGAAUACAUUGAUUUCUGUAUACUUGUGCUACUAAUUUGAUCCUCUUGAAUUAAAGCAAGAUAAUAUGUCAAGGU